GUGUGUGUCCGUACUGCUCACUCUCUGAUGAAAAGCAGAGUCUAGAAUAAGAGAGACACUAGAUGGGAGGAUAGAAACAGGCUGGCACUGUAUGAAGGAAACCAGAUCAAAGCUGCAGCAACAGUCCCUUGAGCUGCUUUGCUUUCUGCAACCAGGAAUAUUGACCCAGGAGAGCACUGUUCAUACAGAAGAGAAGAGCUAUGCAGAGAUGCCAGCUUUGUCCACCCUCCUGCUCCUGAUUCUUGCCUUUCAAGGCACUCUUCCGUGCCCCGAAAGCUGCGACUGUCCGCCAGAGAGUGGCGUGGUGUGGUGUAACCAAAAGGACCUGGUGAUGAUCCCCCUUGAUGUCCCUCGCGACACACGUGUUCUUUAUCUCAACUCAAACUGGAUCACCCAUAUACCAAACGGAGCCUUCCAUGGCCUGAAACAGCUCCGUGAACUUCACCUCGCAGACAAUCUCAUCCAGACCAUUGCUCCAGCAGCCUUUCGGGGUCUAAGUGGGGGACUCAGGCUGCUGGACCUAUCGGGCAACCAGUUGCAGAGGAUGGAGGUGACUCCCUUCAUCAUGCUGACAUGGGUUCGACUGGAGCUUUAUGACAACCCCUGGCACUGUGACUGCCCCUUGCAGGAACUGAUGAGGUCUCUUCCCUUGGACCCUGAAACAGUGGAGGACAUUGUGUGUGCCACUGCCACUUGGGAGGAGUACACAGGCCAGGCCCUGGCCCAUUUGCUCAACUCGGGUGUCAACUUCUGCCUGAGCCAGCAGAGGAACACCGACUUGGCUAUGCUGCUGACUAUGUUCUGUUGGUUCACUGUAGUAAUCUCUUACGUCAUCUACUAUGUCCGACGUAACCAAGCAGAGUCACGCCGUCACUUGGAGUAUCUGAAGUCCCUGCCCCUGCCUAGCAAGCAGUCAAGCCCUGAGGAUGAGGAGGAGGAGGAAGACGACACUCUCAGUACCAUCCUAUGAGGACUGGAGUUGUCUAAGGUGGAGUUACAAAACAAAUUCACAUUUGAGGUGGGAAUUGCAUGAUACAUAUAAACCAUUUCAAAACAUCAUAAA